AUGAGGUAUGGUCAGAGAUUAAUAGAUCCAUCUGUGUUAAGGUGCUCCUAACAGUAUACGCUGAUGAAGACAGCUUGUCGGUCGGAAAGAAAAAGAAGUGCAGAGUUCGCCUCGGGAUUGGGAGCCGCUGUCCAUCGCCGUUCCCAAUCCCACCCAAACUGACGUCAUUGGAUGCCAGCAUGGUAACUGCGUCAGUUUGGAAAAACCGGGAGAAGAAGAACGUAAAGGAUCACCACCAACUUGAUUCUUCCUUUGUCUCUUCUUUCCAUUUGAAACCGUCUACAACAUCUCUGACGCCCCUCAACCCCUUGUCUGGCCGAACACCAAUCGGCACUCCCUCACCCCCUGGAUCCCCUGUCAGAUCCCCUUCCUCCACUCUCUCCAAGUUCUUCGGCCUCUCUUCCAUCUCCUCUCUCCACAUGUCAUCUCUCUCUUCUUCUUCUUCUUCAGAGGAAGGAUCACAGACCUCCUUCCCUUUUAGUGCUUCUUCUGUUUCCCUGGCUCAGUUUUCCUCCUCUGCCACUCCCCCCUGUCCUGCCUGCCCUACCUCCGCAACCCACGUCUCCUCCCCUGCCCCCCAGUCCUCCUCUCCAAACCUCCUGGACCACCAUGGAGAGACCAACAAAGACAGUGAGACUGCCAGAUAUCUUAUGAGCUCUGAGGUCAAAGAGGUGGGGGCAGUUGUUCCACAGACAAAGAGAAUGGUACCUCUAUUUGCUGCCAUCGCAGAGGCCUCCAUUGACCUGAAGGCUUCCUCUGUCUCCUUGGAGAGUGUUCAAAGGCCAUUGGUCAGGUCUUGGGAAGCCAUGGCUCGCCUCCCCAACCUGGUCAGCAAGAGUAGCACCCAGCUGGGGCAGCAGAGCUGCACAGGCGAGGGCGAAGACAACACCAAGCUCCUCGGGUUGCCUAAUAUUGGCAACACCUGCUUCAUGAACUCUGCUCUGCAGUGCCUGCUGGGGCUGCCAGCAUUUUGCAGAGACAUCCUGAGACAGCAGAACGUCUGGAGUUCCUCCCCCUACUCUCAACUGCUAUGCUGCUUUGCCGAGUUACAUCAGGCCAGGCUUUCUGGAGGCACUGUUCAUGCUAAGAACAAGGAAAAUAAGAAAAUCCUUCAAACAGUCAAGCGCUGUCUUUCCGUUGUCAAUGAGGACUAUGAGGAAGACUAUGAACAGGAUGCCCAUGAAUGUGUGUUGCUCCUCCUCUUUCAGCUGAAGGAGGAGGGUAUGGCAUUAAAGGGCUCACCAGAGCCAUACACCUGCCCCGUGAAGCAGUUAGAAUUCAAGCUGAAGACUUCCCGUACCUGCACCAGGUAACAGCUGUCAUUUGUAUACGGUGUACCUUGAUGUCGUCAUCACAUUGGUGAGGAGGUUUAAUGUCAGCAUAACAUGCAGGAUACAGAGGUAAAGCAUUAAGACAGUGUGUAGAGGGAUCAAAAGGUUUGUGUUGGAUAGCUGAUGCAUUUCUCUCCGUACUUCUGAAGCUGUGGAGUUAUAGUGUAUGGUCAGGAGGAUUACAAUCACCUGUCACUGAGCCUGAGCCAUUACCUGCCACACAGCCUGGACCUCUACUUUAAGGUCAGCACUUAGCUUAAACCAAGAGUUAGUAUGUCAAGGAACACUAUCAUUAAUGUCAUAAUGUUCAUAAUUGUAUUGCUAUCCUUUGUCACCUAGCCAUCUGCGUUAGAGUGUGCAUGCAGGGUGUGCUCAGGCAGCAUGGCAUCUGUGACUAGACACUUCCUCACGCUGCCCCGGUGAGUCCCCCCAUCAUCAU